CUUAAACCCUAUAUAUCCGUAAAUACCAGAAGAAAGUAAAAACCGUUAAAACCCUAACCCCAAAUCUAUCUCACAUGGUCGUUGAGCUUGGAGGCCAUCGUUGCAGUUCUUCAUCUUGUGUUUUUUAGCCAUGGGUGAUACAACAUUUUUGGAGCACCCCAUAUCAGAGGAUACACUUCAGUUACUCUUUCAAGCUUCCAAUUCUUCUAACUUGGAAAAUUCCCUAGAGAUUCUCAUUCAGAAUGCCAAAUCCGGUUCUGGGCGUUUGGAACUAGCUUCUAAAAGGAUUCUCCCUGCAGUACUUAACAUAGUCCAGUCACUUGCUCUAGCUUCAUAUCACCAUCAUCAUAAUCAUAAUCAAACCCUUUCUCUGUGUUUUAAGCUCCUCAGAAACUUGUGUGCUGGAGAAGCUGCAAACCAGGCCUCAUUUAUUGAGCUUAAUGGCGUAGCAGUUGUUUGGAAUGUUCUGAGAUCAGAGGCCUGUUCCUCAGGCCCUGAUCAUGGAUUGGUUCGAUGGGGUCUGCAGGUCCUGGCAAAUGUUUCUUUAGGGGGGAAGCAGCACCAACGUGCUAUCUGGGAAGAGCUGUAUCCUAUUGGGUUUGCAUCACUUGCUAGAGUUGGCACUAAGGAGAUUUGUGACCCAUUGUGUAUGGUGAUCUAUACUUGUUGUGAUGGAAAUCCUGAAUGGUUUAAACAGUUGUCCAGUGAUGAUGGAUGGCCUGUAAUGGCAGAAAUAGUUAGAACUGCUUCUUCUGCUAGUUUUGGUGAGGAUUGGUUGAAGUUGCUCUUUUCAAGAAUCUUCCUUGAAGAAUCUCAAUUGCCUGUGUUGUUUUCCAAAUUGCAAUUUGUGGAUGUUCCUGAGGGUGAAAUUAUUGAGUCAAAAGAUGAUCAAUUUUCAUUUGAACAAGCAUUUCUUCUGCAAAUCCUAUCAGAAAUCUUGAAAGAGCGGCUUGGAGAUGUGGCUGUUUCAAAGGAUGUUGCUUUGUUUGUUUUUGAAAUAUUCAAGAAGUCUAUUGGGGUUCUUGAACAUGCAAUGAGAGGGAACUCUGGUCUUCCGAGUGGCUUUACUCGGGUUGACGUUCUUGGCUACUCUCUUACAAUAUUGAGGGACAUUUGUGCUCAAGAUGGUAUAAGAGUUAAUACAGUUGAUGCAAAUGAUGUUGUUGAUGUCCUAUUAUCAUAUGGCCUCAUAGAAUUGCUUUUGUCUUUGCUUGGUGCUCUUGAGCCUCCAGCAAUAAUCAGGAAAGGGCUCAAACAAAUUGAGAAUCAGGAUAGUGCUAGUUGUUACUCAAAACCAUGCCCUUACAAGGGCUUCAGACGAGACAUAGUUGCACUAAUUGGAAAUUGUGUUUAUAGAAGGAAGCAUGCUCAAGAUGAAAUACGGGAUAGGAAUGGAAUUCUACUGUUAUUGCAGCAGUGUGUGACCGACGAAGACAAUCCUUUCCUGAGGGAAUGGGGGAUAUGGUCUGUGAGGAAUAUGUUGGAGGGAAAUGAUGAAAACCAAAAGGUAGUUGCUGAAUUGGAGAUUCAAGGAUCUGCUGAUGUGCCUGAAAUUAAUGCACUCGGUCUACGAGUGGAAGUUGAUCAGAGAACUAGACGUGCAAAGCUUGUUAACAUCCCGUCCUGUGAAAAAUCACUAUAACUAAGUUUUAUCUACAAAUCGCGGUCUUUCUAGAAUGAUGAUACCGUCUCGUGAUUGAUUGAAUAUAUGUUGGGAUUAUUUUCCCUUUCAAAUGGAAUUUGCUGUCGCCAUUAAGCACAGCAGAAAAAUCAUUCUAAUAGAAAAUAAUAGAUCUGUGAGCAAUUUUGCUGAACUCCCUUCUAUACUCAUGACAAUUUGUAUCAAGCAAUGUCAAAUGGGGAGGAAAACCAUUUACACAGUAGAAGACUCAUCAUUACCAAAACAAAACCAAGUUUUGACGUUUUUAAAUAGAUUAUCAGUGAUAUUGUUAUAUCGUAAUCAGUGGCCUGAAAAUUACUAAACAAAUUGCGUUCCACAUUGUGAAUUAGGUUUCAUGGUAGCUCAGGUUUUGUUGGUUGAAUCAGUGGACUCAGUUGUUGAUGUUCUCCUGUUUGUAAAGUAACCAAAACUAUGGAGACUUACAAAGAUGGAUCAGGGGGAACAAUAUCCAUAUCAACUCCGUGGAAUCUUUGAGCAGUGUAAUUUUUUUGUAUACAUAUUAUUAAGACUUAAUUAGUGUUUUCUUUUGUUUUAGCUA